GGCUGUGGCGUUCGCGUCACUUUUACGUCAAAUUUUAAACUUCGAGCAGAAUUUAAUUAUAAUUUUCGAAGAAUUUGUCGAAUAAUGAAUUUCAGUCAUUCCUACCAACCGGCGAAUUUUUAUGCGGAGUCUUAUCAAAAUAUCAAAAUCGAAUUCCACGAUCCGACCGACACCGGACGGAUCGUUUCCCAAACAUUUUCUCGCACCGAACGGAGCGAGGAACCGCUCACGAAAGCGCGGAAAAUUUUAAAUCACGUACAAAGUAGCGGUAAUAAUUUGCCCCGGAUUUCGAUUAAAAGUGACGAUUCUUCUGAAAAAUAUGAUGGAGAGGUCGUUUUGCUCAACGGAAACAGUUGGGAUCCAUGCGGAAAGCAGCCAUACAAUAAAAUGACAGAAUUGCUUAGUUCAAACAGUCAAGUUCAAACACAAGACUAUACGGCGUUUAAUUUAAAUGGGGAUUUUGAACGUCCAGGAUCAGGAGUAAGCCAUUCACAAUAUUUGGUUAGUCCCAGUCCAAGAGGUUCUGACAGCGGCAUAGAGUCUGACUGCACCGACGGGAACUUAUCGUGGCUUUUAAACUAUAAAAUACGAGAAUUGCCGCCGGUACCAGACAGCGGAACUAUCGAAAGCACAGUAAGUAGCGAAGAGAAGAUUGUCAAGAUAGUCACGCCUCAACAACCCCUAAAUGAAGUUGUGAUUAAUGAAGGAUUUAAUCCUAAUAACAAUUUGCCCAAGAAACCACCCUUCACUUACACAGAGCUAAUCGAACACGCUUUAAGCGAGAAAGGUGAACUCACCGUGUCUGGUAUCUACAACUGGAUAUCCAAUCAUUUCCCAUUUUAUAAGUCGAACGACGACCGAUGGAAGAACUCUGUCAGGCAUAAUUUAUCUAUAAAUCCACACUUUCGAAAGGGCGGCAAACCCGUUCAUGGAGCUGGUCACUUAUGGACAAUUGCGCAGAGAGAUGAAAGCAAGACGUGGCAAAUGCGUCAACGAAUUAAUGAAUUUUUAAAGCACUCAAAGCAGAACAUUGAAAAUACUCGGAUCGAUGAAAAUCAAGAUCCGUUUGACCAAGAAUUGCAAGCGGCAACGGAUAGCAUUUUGGAGGAAAUCCAGUCUCAGAAUAUUACUGAAUCUAUCAACAACAGCAGUGCACCCAACGAACACAACAUCCAAAUUAACAAUGAUAUUCAAGUAGAGUUUAUCAAUCUUCCAGACGGAGUUACUGGACUUGAAGGUUUCCUCUCGCCUCCAGUAUCAAAACAAGACAUCGUAAACGAAUGCGGCUUAGGAAGUGACUUUUUUAUAACGGACAUAAACCCAAAUCAAUUGGGUCUAAGUUUAGUCGAAACGGAGACCGGCGACGAUCGACUCUACGAAGAAAUGUCACUGGAAUAUUACGGAAUAAAAGAAUAGUAUUUAGAUUGUAAAACUGUGUAAAAAGACUGUGUAAAAAGAUGAUUUAUCGGUAAGAAAAUGUAGAUUUUUAUAAAGGAUGGGGAUCUUCAGUGUUAUAUUUUGAUAUAACUUAUGAUGAGUACAAGAAUAUUUGAUAAUUACUUUCUGUUUAAAGCUGUUUGACUCUCCGAAAUCAUAAACUUUUAUUACGAUGGUUAGUAAUGAUUGACAGUAUUUCUUUGUCUAGUUUUUUAAAACAGUGCAAUUGGUUUUUUUUUAGGUUAAGAACGUAGUAAUCAACUUUUAAAAUAUUGUCAAUAUCUUAGAUAGAGUUUUAGGCAUACAAAUUAAUUUAAAUUAUUAUGUUUUAAUAUAAACGUUAAACUUUGUAUGUUUUAAAAUUUGGAAACUUGAGUAAGAACAAACUUUUGGUUCUUUUCUGCCCUUCUCCUCAUCUUUAAGGUGUAAAAAAGUAAUAAUAUAUGAUUGUAUUUAUUCUUUGUA